GGAUUCUGUUUGGAAAAUGCCAAGCCGGAAGUUUGCUGAUGGCGAGGUGGUGAUGGGCCGUUGGCCGGGAAGUGUCCUGUACUAUGAAGUACAAGUGACCAGUUAUGAUGAUGUUGCUCAUCUUUAUACUGUCAAGUACAAAGAUGGAACUGAACUUGCACUGAAAGAAAGUGAUAUAAGGUCACAGUCAGCAUUCAAGCACAGGAAGAGCCAGUCUUCUUCAAGUUCUCCCUCCAGAAGAAGUAGCAGCAGAUCUCGCUCUCGGUCUCGGUCUCCUGGUCGGCCAGCAAGGGGCAGACGUCGUUCUGCUUCCCAAAGCAGAGAACACAAAGAUGACAAAAAGAAAACCAUUCAGGAGACCAGCUUAGCUCUACCGAAACCGAGUGAGAAUAACACCAAGAGGUACAAUGGUGAACCUGAAAGUACAGAAAAAAAUGACACAUCCUGCAUCAUCUUGGAGCAAAAGUUAAAACCAGACCUGGAAAUCAAGCGUGUGCUUGAGCAGUACAGCUUGCGUUCGAGGAAAGAUGACAAAAAAGAAGAGAUCUAUUCAGAGAAAAAGACUUUGGUGGCUGUAAAACCAAUUGAGAAAGUACCAACAAAAACAAAGGAGCUGGAAUUUGGGGGAAGAAUUGGGACCUUCAUGCUGAUAUUUCUCCUGCCUGCUACUGUAUUCUACUUGCUGUUGAUGUGCAAACAAGAUGAUCCGAGCCUUCUGAACUUCCCUCCUCUGCCAGCACUUGAGAGUCUUUGGGACGGGAGAGUGUUUGGUGUCUUUCUUCUGUGGUUUUUCCUUCAAGCUGUGUUUUACUUGCUGCCAAUUGGAAAGGUUGUAGAAGGCCUGCCCCUUUCCAGUGGAAGGAAACUGCAGUACCGGAUAAAUGGAUUUUAUGCUUUUAUUUUGACUGCUGCAGCUAUUGGAGUUUUGUUAUACUUUCAAUUUGAGCUUCAUUAUUUGUAUGACCACUUCAUGCAGUUUGCAGUGUCAGCUGCAGCAUUUUCUUUGGCACUGAGCAUUUAUCUGUAUGUUCGAUCCCUGAAAGCACCUGAGGAAGAACUAGCACCAGGUGGAAAUUCUGGAUAUUUUAUUUAUGAUUUUUUUACUGGACAUGAAUUAAACCCUCGUAUUGGCAGUUUUGACCUCAAAUACUUCUGUGAGUUGCGUCCAGGAUUAAUUGGCUGGGUUGUUAUAAACUUGGCAAUGCUCUUGGCUGAGAUGAAGAUCCACAAUCUCAGUGUGCCAUCCCUGUCCAUGAUUCUUGUCAACAGCUUCCAGCUUCUCUAUGUGGUGGAUGCUCUUUGGAAUGAGGAAGCCAUUUUGACUACAAUGGAUAUUACCCAUGAUGGAUUUGGAUUCAUGCUGGCAUUUGGAGAUUUGGUGUGGGUUCCAUUUGUCUACAGCCUGCAGGCCUUCUACUUAGUGGGUCAUCCCAUCACAAUUACUUGGCCUGUUGCUGCUGCAAUUACUGUUCUGAACUGUAUUGGGUAUUACAUAUUCCGUAGUGCAAAUUCUCAGAAAAACAAUUUCCGACGGAAUCCAGCAGAUCCCAAAUUGGCCAAUCUGAAAUUUAUACCCACUGCAACUGGAAAAGGGCUUCUUGUCACGGGUUGGUGGGGUUUUGUUCGUCACCCUAAUUACCUCGGUGACAUCAUCAUGGCUCUGGCAUGGUCCCUACCCUGUGGUUUUAAUCACAUUUUACCCUAUUUCUACGUGAUCUAUUUCAUCUGCUUGCUUGUUCAUCGAGAGGCUCGUGAUGAACACCACUGUAAGCAAAAGUAUGGCUUGGCCUGGGAGAGGUAUUGCCAGCGCGUCCCGUACCGCAUCUUCCCUUACAUCUACUAGAGCACUCCAGGGGCCU